AUGGAUCAUCCUAUCUACACAUUGCUGCCCUUCCGCUUCCUUUUCACCGGCUCCGAUGCUACCGAUAACACUGAAGGUGGUGUGCUCCAUCGCCUCUAUGACGACAUCUGGUUCUGGAACAAAGAUUAUGAGAAGUGCGCUUCAGCCUGGGAGAGUAUUACAGAUUUUGCCAAAGUCACUGGAACAGAGAUCGACAAUGUCAAAUCGGGCAGUAUUCGCAUCGGUCGAGAUGGAGAACUGGAGAUCGAUGAUCGUUUACCCCAAGGCGAUAUUAGAUGGGGUUUUCUAUACCUGAACCCUUCGACUGGACGUUUCGAUAUUGAUCGCAAGAUGGUUGACUCGCAUGUUGGUGAGCUUCGUAAGCAACUGCAGGGCAAGUCCAAAAGUUUGAUCGACUGGAUACAGGUUUGGAAUUCCUAUGCUGCUACAUUCUUCAGUGCAAACUUUGGAAAAGCUGCCAACUGCUUCGGCCGCGAACAUGUCGAUGCAAUGCUUGCUACACAUCGUCAUAUCCAAGAGAGUGUCUUCGAUGGCGGCAAUGUUGUGCAGCAUCUGAAGCAGAUGAUCAAGGACCGAUUCAACGUGUCGGGUCUGCCUGACGGAUUCCUCUACUUCCCUGUUGAGCUUGGUGGCCUGGAAUUGAAGUCUCCUUUUGUCAGCCCCCUCCAGAUUCGUGAUUCAGUCAAAGUCGACCCGUAUGAUCUACUCGAUGAGUUCGAGGAGAAGGAGAAGGAUGACUAUCUUGUCGCCAAGCAUCGUUUCGAAAGGGGCGAUCUUAAGCACGGCCGUUACAAUAUUGAGAAGCCAGACUUCACACUUGACGACCCUGACGUCUUCUUCGGCAUCGAAGAGUUCAUUCGCUACAGGGAGGAGUAUGCGAGCGUAGGCAACGCCGAUUUGCGAAACGUAUAUCUUGAGCUGCUCGAGCGGCCAAGCGAGAAACCUGUUUACCAGAGCUCUCAGGUCAAUCAAGCUUUGCAGGAACUCGGACUUCGGAGCAACUUGCGCGGCAUCACUUCGAAUUGGUACAGCAUGGACGCGUAUUGGAAAUGGAUUGCGCAGGUUUAUGGCCCAGAUUUGAUUGCUCGAUUUGGUGGCUUCAAUAUCGUCGAUCCUGGUUGGCUGCCUAUCGGCAUGAUCAGCCAGUUCCGCCAGAGGAGAACCAAGUGGCAAGGCUAG